AUGGGCGCGACAGUGGAGAACCAGGCGGUGCCAGUGUGUCGCAUAUUGACCCCGGUGGGAAUGCUGGGUUAUGGCUUCAACGAGGAAGAAACACACUCAGCCUUGGAGCGUCUCACCCAAGAUUCAACACCAGUAGCGGUCAUUCUCGAUUCUGGCUCGACUGAUUCAGGUCCUAAGAAGUUGGCGUCCGGCGAUAUGACAAUGCCACGUUCUUCCUAUGAGCGUGACAUUAGAAGGUUGCUAGACGCUGUGACCAAGUACAGUGUCCCGUUGAUGAUCGGCUCUGCUGGCGGCGCCGGAACCAACGCCCAGGUUGACGCCAUUGCCGAGAUGAUUCGACAGAACAGUGCCGAGAGGCAUGUACUUUUCCAAACACUGGAUUACUCGCUGAAGUUGGUCAAGGUCUAUGCCGACAUCCCCCAUGACCUCGUCUCGACGAGGCUUCACUCCGGAAAGAUUACACCUUGCGGCAAAGCUGUGCCCGAGCUGCAACAGACAGAUGUUCAUGAGGCACCCGUAAUCGUUGCUCAGAUGGGUGCCGAGCCUUAUACCGAAGCGAUGAAGCAAGUACCAGAGUUUGACAUAAUCUUGGGCGGCCGAGCGCACGAUCCUGCCCCUUAUGUGGCUUUUGCAGAAUCAUGUAUUCGAAGAGUAGUUCCUGACUACGAUACAGACAAGCAUACAGCUUUGCAGAUCAAUGGCGGGAUCGCGCACGCCGCCAAGAUCAUGGAAUGCGGUGGUCAAUGCAGCGUACCAAAGAGCAGAGGCGCCAUCUCCACCAUGUAUUCGGAUGGCAGCUUUGAGAUCUGUCCUACCGACCCCUCGUCGAUAUGCACACCACUGUCAGUCGCGGCGCAUACCAUGUACGAGAAGUCAAGACCAGAUAUUCUGUUGGCACCGGGCGGAUGGCUCGGUCUGAGCAAAGCUGAGUACACCCAACAAGCAGACGGUAGGACCACGAGAUGCCAGGGAGCUGUUUGGGAAUCUUCCCUACGUAACAGUGCCCCAUAUCAGAUCAAACUAGAAGCCGCUCGCACAUCAGGCUAUCGGGCCCUGUACAUGGGCGGACACCGAGAUCCUAUUCUGAUAUCUCAGAUCGAUUCAAUCCUCGCCAGAAUCAAAGAUUACGUGCCACAGCAAGUUCCAGGCCUCGAAGAAGGAGAGUGGGACUUGGAAUGGCAUAUCUACGGUCGUGACUGCGAUGGUACUCCCAGAUCUUUGUUCCUCGUCGGUGAGUGUCGAGCCAAGACGCAAGAUCUUGCGAACUCGAUUGCAGCGACCGCACGAAUUGCUUCUGCACAUGUGAGCUACCCAGGACAGAAAGCAACGAGCGGCAACUUUGCGUUUGGUAUUGGCGCGGCAAUGGAAAUCCCGCUCGGCCUUGUCCCUGAGUUCUGCAUUUACCACCUGCUGGAUCUCGAGCCUGGAGAAGAGGUGUCUCUGUUCAGGAUUAAGGCCGAGACUAUCGACAACGGACUUCGUCGAAAUGGAGAUGGUCAUGUUUCCUUCAAUGGCAAGACGGAGAAGCCCAAGACCCGCAAGGCCCAGGCUACUACUCAUGGUAAACAAGCACCACCCAGCACUCGUAUUGACAACAUCGAACCGAAGACCAUUUACGAUGUUGCCGACGUCUUGCGGUCGAAGAAUGCCGGUCCGUACGAGAUUACAUUCGAUAUCAUCUUCAAGAACCCUGCCGUAUUCGAAGCCAUCAAGACGUCCAAUCUCCUAUCUGCAGAGCGUGUGGCCGCGCUCUACGAUUUGAGGCCGGACCAACUCGUCUGGAGUGGAUAUUUCGACCAGGCUCUGGCUUUCAAGGCAACCAUUCCCCGUAUGACAUUGGGUGCUGCCGCUUCGAGUGGUGGUUUCUUUGAAUCUGACGUCCAUGGUUCGCAGGCAUAUAUGCCUCUCGCUCAACUCGAGCUUCCCGUGGAGCUACAAGAGCGCAUCAAAGACAUCUUGGCGAGAUAG